AAUAAAGGCAGCGAUCAGAGCAAUCACGGCAAUCACUACUAUUUCUUUUUGUAUUUUCUAUAUUGUAAUUACGCAAGAAAUUUUAAUAUUGGGAUCCAAAGUUACCUAAUCUCGACAAUAAUUAAUUUUACAUCAAAACUAAAUUUUUGAAUUUUGUGUACUUACUUAUCUAACGGUUUUCUAGCACUUUUCACACAUAAACAAAAAAGGCCUAUUCGUACGAUCCUAUUCGAUAUUUUGCUGUCGCCUGCAAAGAGAUCGUCUUCAUUCAACUCCAGUGUUUUGUUUCACGCGUCUCGUGUCUGCUUUUCUGGAAAUUUGGCCUGUAAAAAACUCAGAAAAAGCCCUACUUUUCUGUGAAAUUUAACUAAAUCCGAUUCUCUUACGUAUUUCUUAUUAUAAUACAUUAGUGCAAACAUUAUUUGUCUAUCAGAUUUUGGCCUAAUUUUGUGCAAAAAGUGGGCGAUCGUGUUGGAGAAUGUUAGAAAGAAGUUGCUGAAAAAAUUUUGCUAUCGACGAUUGCUGUGAUUCACAAAGUUGGUGUCACUUGUGUUAUCUAGUCUGCGACUAUAAAUACCCUAUGAUAAGGUUGAUGAAAAUAAUGACAAAAGGUGUGAUAAAAGAAUAUCAUCAGUGAUUCCAUCAAAAAAAAAAUAAAUUUUAAAAAUUUUGCGCAAAAAUAUCUUGUUUUUGUUGCCAUCGCGGUGUAUUGUGUUUGCAUUUCAAGUAAAUUCUCAUUCACAUUUAGUGUGUCCGAUAUCUAUUGCUAAAAAAAAGUGUAUUUGAGAAAAGAGUGUCAAUCAUGUUAAAAGGCAAAUCAUUUGAGGAAAAAACGAACUUGACGACGCUCUUGUCGACCCAGCAGUUGCCAAUAAUUGAUUUGGCACACAUGGGCACAGAGGAGGUUCCAGUUAAAUCAGUGGUGAACCGUGUUGCAAGUCAACUUCACAGAGCAAUGUCAGAGCGUGGCUUGGCCGUUCUGGUAAAUCAUGGAAUUCCGGAGGAGAAGCUGAAUACAGCAUGGAAGUAUCUCGAUACAUUCUGUGAGUUACCGACAGAGAUUAAGGAUGUUUAUUUGCGAAAGAGGGACGGUGUCAAUCAUGGCUAUGUGAAACCGGGUCAGGAGAAAUUUGAUGGGAAGAAGAAGGAAUUGAGACAUGCUUUCAAUAUUUGUAUGCUCAGUGGUGCAUCCCUGCCAGAAGAUCCACUUCCUGGUUUCAGGGAUCACAUUGCCGAUCUCACUAAGGACUUUAAGAAUUUGUCCUCAUUACUCCUACAGGCUCUGGCUGUUGCCCUAGAGUUGCCAAUAAACUAUUUCCUGGAUAAACAUGCCCACAUGCUGUCGGGAACGAAUGAGAAUGAGACAACACUCCGAUUGCUAUACUAUCCGCCAAUUGUGGAGGAUGACAAUAAAUGUGAAUUGGUGAAGGGGAAUGUGAGCUAUCGCUAUCAAAAGUGCGCAAGUGAUCAGCUAAAUCUUGAGAAUUUGACUGAUAAGAAUGACGUGGACGAGGAUGACAAUGAUAAAGAUGAUGCCAGUGGCUUGGAGAAACAUCGCGGUUUCACACGAUGUGGUGCACAUUGCGAUUAUGGCACAUUUACCCUCCUGGCGCAAGAUUCCGAAGGUGGACUCGAAUGUAAAUUGCCACAGACGGAGCGUUGGCAGCGUGUUGGUCAUUUACCUGGAUCAAUUCUCAUCAACACGGGAGAAUUGCUGAGUAUGUGGACCGACAAUAAAUAUCCAGCUUUGCCCCAUCGUGUUGUUGUGCCAGAUGAUCAAUACUGUAGCUCAAAGGGGAGACACUCAAUGGCCUUCUUUUGCCAUCCAGACAAUUCUACCGUCAUUGCUCCCAUUGAAUCGAAAAUUUUACAGCCGAUCGAUUCUGAAGAGGACUUGCAGAAGAAGAAGAAAAAGAAAAACAUACUCAUCACAGCUUAUCAGGUUGUCCAGAAUAAGUUUAAACAAACUUACAGUGCUUGAAGAUUUAAUUUGGACUCAUUCACGAAACUCCAUCGCGGUGCACAUUGCGCCAGCAUCAAUUUAGGUAUACAUAAUAUAUAUGCGUCCAAAAUUAGUUUAUAAAGUGCAUUCGUCGGUUGGGAGGUCGUGAAAUGCAAUUGGAACAUCUUUUUCACAUGAAUUGAGAAAGAGGGUUUAUAUCCAUCCAUAUCUGGGCAGAAAUUAUUCGUGAGUAUCAAGAACCCGCCAAUAAAUACUCCGGAAUGGGAAAAGUCACGAAAAAAGAGCUUAUAAUGUUUAAAUCCUUUUUUGUAGCAAUUUGCAGCCAUUUUACUGGUAUUUUUUUUUAGAACUUAUUCAUAUACACUAGCCCUUUAAUAAAAAUCAAAAAUGUACUCCAAAUUACAGUAAUGCUGUAAUAAUUAUGUACUUAGUAUUUUCUUAAUAUAUGUGUACUUGAUUUUAUUA